AUGGACGAGGUCACGCGCCUCCGCGAGACCCUCGAGAGCCUCCGUCGCGAGAACGCCGAGCUGAAGACCCAGCUCACCUCGCUGCGCACGCGCACGGGCACCCUGACCGACGCCGGCGCGAGGCCCGCCGCCCAGGCGGCCCCGGCGCCCGUCCAGGAACCCCAGGAACUCCAGGAGGCGCCCCCGGCCCCCGCGGAGCCCGCGGCCCCGGAAGCGGACCCCUACCAGAUGGACUCCGAGGCCCUCGUUGCGGCAAUCAGCCGAGGGAUCGCCUGGCCCCAGCCCGGCGAGGCCUUCUGGGAGCGCCCUGCGCGCACGGAGCCGAUGCCGUUCUCCGUUGGCGGCGAGGACGAGUUCGGGCCGCCGCCCGUGGACGCGCGCCGGAUGAGCAUUGUGCACCUGACGGCGGAGAUGGCCCCUUACGCCAAGGUCGGCGGCCUCGGCGACGUCGUCACGGGCCUCAGCAAGGCGUGCCUCGACCGCGGGCACGACGUCGCGGUGAUGAUGCCCUACUACCAGUGCCUCCCGGACGACAAAAUCGAAGACCUGCGCCACGAGCGCGACAUCCAGGUCCCCACGGGCAAGUUCUGGGACGGCGUCAUGCAGCAGAGCAACCUGCGCACGUCGAUCUGGCGCGGGAAGAUCGUGGGCAUCCCCGUGAUCCUCCUCCGCCCGGACUGGGACCAGACGAACCUCUUCCGGGGCGACCGCAUCUACGGGGGGAGUUACAACGAGACCGAGGCGUACCUGUUCUUCGUGCGCGCCAGCCUCGAGUACCUCGCGCAGAUCGGCGUGUGCCCGGACGUCCUGCACGCCCACGAGUGGCAGUGCGCCGCCACGGGGAUGCUCUACUGGGAGCACUUCUGCAACCAUGGCCUCAACGGGGCGCGCGUGGUGCUGACCGUGCACAACAUGGCCAACUCCGGCGAGGUGCGCCAGGACGAGUUCGCCGCCACGGGCCUCCCCGGCGAGAUGUUUGCCAGCGUCGACAAGGCCCUGGACGAGCGCACCAUCGGACACAACCCCGAGCGCCUCAACCUCCUCAAGGGCGGCAUCAUCUACUCGAACUUCGUCACGACCGUCUCGCCGACCUACGCCACCGAGACCAUCGAGAGCGGCGCCGCGGGGUUCCUGGGCUCGACGCUCGCGCGCACGGACGUGCGCGCAAAGUACGCCGGCGGCCUGAACGGGAUCGACCAGCAGCUGUGGCACCCCCCGCGCGACGACGUGCUCCCCGCGACCUUCUCCGGGGUGGGCAUCUGGGAGGGCAAGGCGCUCUGCAAGCGCUACCUCCAGAUGGGCCUCGGCAUGAACGUGGACCCGAACAAGCCGCUGGUGGCGUGCGUGACGCGUCUGGUGCCCCAAAAGGGCAUCCACCUCAUCGAGCGUGCGGUGCGGCGCACGGCCGAGACGGGCGGGCAGUUCGUGCUCCUGGGUACGGGCCACGCGGACGGCGGGUUCCGCGGCAUGGCCGAGCACGAGUUCAACGGGUCAAAGGAUGUACGGCUCAUGCUGUUGUACAGCGAGGCGCUGUCGCGGCUGAUUUACGCGGCGGCGGACAUCGUGGUCGUGCCGUCGAUGUUCGAGCCGUGCGGGCUGACGCAGAUGAUCGCGAUGCGGUACGGCGCGCUCCCGCUUGUGCGCGCGACGGGCGGGCUGGCGGACACCGUGAUCGACGUCGACGAGAACGCUGACGGCAACGGGUUCUCGUUCCAGGGCACGGACGAGGGCGCGCUCGACCACGCGCUGUACCGUGCGUUCAAGCGGUACCACGAGCAGCCGGAGUGGUGGCAGGAGCGGGCCAAGGCGAACAUGGCGCUGGACUGGUCUUGGGACACCAGCGCGGACUCGUACCUCGGCAUCUACAAGAAGCUCCGUGGCUACUGA